CAACCCUUGAUCAUUAACAUUCUCCUACAAUAUUUAUCUCCCUAUAUUUUCUCACCAUUCUUAUUCAUCCCAUACUAUUAUUAUCUUGGGAGAUCCAAGUUCAUUCUAGUGUUAGUGUAUCGAUCGAGAUGAAUUCAUUCAAGUUAUUGUACACAGCAAUGUUGAGGAUUCUAGUAUUAUUAUCUAUGUUGAGUGGUUUGUAUGUCUCGGGUACCACCUUCACAUUAGUAAACAAAUGCGACUACACUGUUUGGCCGGGGAUACUAGCAGGAGCUAGUAGCCCUAAGUUGGAUAGUACCGGGUUUGAGCUCCAACACGGUGGAGCUCGAACCUUCCAGGCUCCCUCGGGUUGGUCGGGUCGGUUUUGGGGUCGGACUGGCUGCAGUUUUGACGACGCAGGUCAAGGCACUUGCGCCACUGGAGACUGCGGGUCCGGAACCGUGGAGUGCAACGGGAGCGGGGCUAAACCACCGGCAACCUUAGCGGAAUUCACUUUAAACGGCAGCGGUGGGCAAGAUUUCUAUGAUGUCAGCCUCGUCGACGGCUAUAACAUCCCGAUGAUCGUGGAGACGAACGGAGGGUCAGGAGGGUGCGAGACAACAGGGUGCUUGGUGGAUCUGAACAGGCGGUGCCCGAAUGAGUUAAUGGCGGAAGGAGGUGGCGCGUGUAGAAGCGCGUGUGAGGCGUUUGGAACACCGGAGUAUUGUUGUAGUGGGGAGUUUGGAACACCAGACAAAUGUAAGCCGUCGAUGUAUUCAGAACUGUUUAAGAACGCGUGUCCAAGGGCAUAUAGUUACGCGUAUGAUGAUGCGACUAGUACGUUUACUUGCAGCGCUGGGGAUUAUACCAUCACCUUCUGUCCCUCUUCUCCAAGUCAAAAAUCGUCAACGGACAGUUCAACAAGUAACAUUGGAGCAACAGGAGGUUCUGCUGGUUCCGGUUCUGAUUCCAAUACUAGCACAGGAUCGGGUACAGAUACGGGUACGGGUAUGGGUACAGGAACAAGCAGUACAGGUACAGGUACAGGGUCAUUGAUGGGGGACGGGUCAUGGUUAACCGACUUAGCCUCUGGAGACUCUUCAAAUACAAGACAUCCUACCUUUGGUUUACAAUUAGCAUUCCUCUUCUUUGUCAUCACCUUUUUGCCCACCUCUCUUUUCCAACUGUAGUAGAGAGAAAGGGGAUCAUCCAUUAAUUAGUUAGUUCGUUGGGAGGCCUUCAAUGGUUGGCAACACAGAAUUAUUAUCUUGAAUCGAGAUUAUCAUCAAAAUAUUUGAUCGGGUUGAUAACAAGCUAACUUAGUUAGUAAAGUCUUCAAUU